AAUGAAUUCUAUCAAAUUACCUUACCAAUAAUAGCAAAUAUAUUUUAAAUUUCAUAAAUUGAAUUAAUAUUGAUAUUUAAACAUACAUUUCUCAUACUUUGAUAUAUAAGAUCUCCACAAGUCAUCAAGAUAUAAACCCAUCAUGGAAGCACAGCAGUUAUGCCAGAUUCAUGAAAACGAAUCAGUGACGUCAUUUUGUUACCAGCAUGCAACAGUUUUAUGCCAGAAAUGUCUGACUGAGAAGCAUACAAACUGCACAUGUCGGCCUGUGACGCAGAUUGAAAAUGCAUUUGAAAGUCUAAAUAACGGAAUUCCUUUAGAAAAUAUUGAAAAUAGUAUUCGUAAAAUGUCCAUGACAAUAGAUCAAUUACUCUCUGGCAAAGAUAUCAAUUUAUCAGAUUUAAAAGAGAAACGAAAUAAUAUCCGACAAACUGUCAAAGAAGCGCGCCAAAAAUUAAAUAAGUAUUUGGAUAAACUAGUUAAGAUUUUAGACGUGGAUAUAAAUAUUAAGCAUGAUAAAUUGGUAGAUAAGAUUAAAAAGUCAAAGAGUGGCAUAGAAAGUCAUAAAGAUACCUUGAAAUCUCUGUUUAACGAUAUAAAUUCUAUAAAGGAACAAUCUACUGACAAAAGUUUACACAGUGAAAUACAAACUUUACAAUCUAAGGAAAAAGAACUGGAAUCUAAAUUAAAAACUUUGGAAAACGAAGAUAAAAAAUCUGAACUACACGUGAAACUCUCUGAAGCUGUAUUCGGGUUUGAAAAUUUCUUGCAGACGAUGGGAAGUGUUGUUAUAUCAGAGGUAGACACAACGUUACUGCAGAAUGGAUUGAAUGUACUACAACAUAAUGCAUUGAAUGGUUACAACAAUCAGUUGACAGGGAACCAAAAUGAUAAAGAUACCAGUUCAAAUGGCGUAACCAGUAAACUAACAUUAGUUAGCUGUUUCCCGACUUUGAAACUAGGCAGAGGUGUAAGAAUAUUCAGGGCUUGUUUUCUACCGGACAAUAAUCUUUUGUUAGCAGGAUACCAAGAAAAAACUUUAUACGUAUGCAACAAGAAAGGUGAAGAAUGCAAAAAAGUUCGAAUCGCAAAUUUCCCCGGAGGUGUAACUCUAUAUAGUAGAACAUGUGCCUUAGUAAGUGCAUGGCAACAUGGUGUACAGAAAAUUAAUCUAGACACUCUGAAAGCUGGUGACGUCAUAAAACUGCGAGGCGAUAGUUCUGCAAUCUCCAGUAUUCGAAAUGAAAUUUGUGUCAAAAACGGAGAGGACCAUUUAAAAAUCGUUGAUAUACACGGAAGAACAAUUCGGAAAUUUCCAACAAAGUAUAAUCCGUGGGAAAUUUAUUUAACCGACACGGGACCGGUUUUCUAUUCGAAUCUCGACAAUAACGAUGUCUAUUGUGCGUUUCCGGAUGGAAGUAACUAUAUUACUUACAGCAGCCCCGAUCUCCUUGACCCAGCAGGACUAACAGUGGACAAUGAGGAAAAUCUGUAUAUAACAGGGUCGCGUUCGGAUAAUAUACAUAGAAUAUCUAGCAAUCGAGAGGCGAAGGAAAUCAUUCUAACUGCCGAAGAUGGAAUUCGAUCUCCAUCUGGUAUUUCAUUCAAUAAACAGACCAGUGAAUUAUUAAUUAUUAACGAAGAUUUUUCUUCUAUUAGAAUAUACAAGGUUCUUAUAGUAGAAAUAUGAUGAGAAAGCAAAUAUGCAAUCAACACUGGUUCUAUAUAGAAUCUGAUUGAAAAUACACUUGACUAGUAGAAGUAAAUUAUUUUGAU